AUGCGGUUAAGUAAGAGCUGCUUGUGUGAUUGGAAUGGAAAAGAUCCAUUGAAGCUGAUGGCUCUUGUCCAUGAACUCAGGGAUCUGUACACACAUUAUCAGAGGAGGAGGGUAGGGGAGAUUGAUGAUGCUAGGCUUAAGUUUGAACUUAAUACUAUGCUUUCGAGGGAGGGGAUUGAAGUAUGCAUGGUUCCAUCUCCUGAUAGGCCAGAGGAAGUAAAAUUUUUUGUACGCUUAAUUGAUACGGACUUAAACAAGUUAGUUACAUCAUGCAAUUGGAAACAUCAGCAGAAGAUCUACUUGCAGGUAUCUUUCUUUUCUUUUACCAGGGAUAUUAUAAUUUUGCUUCCAUGUUUUGAAACAGUUUAA